GUGAAAUAGAUAUUAGCCGUACGUUUGAGCUAUUUCAGGCUGUUAUUGUGUGAUUUACUAGUGUGAAAUGAGUCAUAUAUAAAAAAUAUAUAUAUAUUAUACAUUAAAAAAAGAUAAACAAUUCCAAAAUGUAACACUUUAUUCUCUUACUUUGUAUUUACAAAUUUCCUGAAAUCAAAACAAUAAUAUAUCCUUCCCCUUCUGAGAAUCAUCUCGUCAGCUUUUAUCGUAUUUCGUACCGGCAGAAACAUAACCGUUACAGCUACUGGACUGUAUUGGAUGAACUUAGAAUAUUGUGCACGUGGUUCGCAAUAUUCCUAGUUUUAGCAAACUACUUGUGUUAGAUUAAACAAUCUAUAUCAGUUUAUAUUAGUAUUCAUUGAAUAAAGAAUAUUUUUAUUUCGUUUAAUAAAAUGUCUUGGCGGGAUAAUAAAAGCCAAGGUGGUUUUCAACGACGAGGUCGAGGCAGAGGAGGAUACCGUGGUGGUUAUCAGAAUAGACAAUAUAACAAAAGACCACCAAUGAAUCAAUCUCAUGAAAGGAAGAGAACAAAAUUCGAUGUGACUAAUCGUCUCAAAGAAGUUGAUGUAGGAAUUACUGAGUUCAUGGGAGAUCAUGAUCAUUUUACAGGAAUUGUAAAAGAACGCUAUCAUGAUUUCCAUGUAUGUGAAAUAAAUCAUAAUGGAGAAAUAGCUAAAUUAACAACUCAAGAGAUUCCUUCUCAAAAGAAACUUGAAAUAGCCGAUUCGGAAACAAGUCUUCCUGAAGAAAUGCUUGAAAAAAUUAAGCUUUUUUUAAAAAGUGAUUCUGACAUAAAAUCUAUUGAACUUGAUGUUACUGAACUAAAUAAAGGUCAACGUUGUGUGAUACAUGAUCUUGCCAAAUCAAGUCCUUCAAUAGUGAGUCAAACUAUUGAAAAAGAUGGCAAAAAAAUAAUGAUUGUUUCCCGAGGCCGUAUGCCAAUAAAAGGUGGGUACACGUUCAGACGUGAAAAUUCUGAAUGCUCUUGGAGUGAUGGAAAUUAUUGUGAAUUUAUUUUACACAAAGUCAAUAUCGAUACAAUGAAUGCAUUAAAUGAGAUAGCGAUACAUUUACAUUUAAAACCAAACACGUUCAAUUACGCAGGGACAAAAGAUCGUCGUGCUAGUACUAGUCAAUGGGUUAGUCUGAGACGAGUUGCUCCAACAGAUAUACUAAGAGCAGCAAAAAAAGUUCGUGGGGUUUUUGUAGGUAACUUUAAGUUUGUUGACAAGAAACUCGAACUUGGUAGCCUAAAAGGAAACCGUUUCACUAUUGCACUCAGGAACGUCACUGCACCUGAUGAAGAGAUUGAUAAAGCAAUGACUAGUUUACGAGAUAAUGGAUUCAUUAAUUACUAUGGACUUCAGAGAUUUGGUACAGUUGCUGAUAUUCCUACUCAUGAUAUUGGAAAAGCUCUUCUUCAAGCAAAGUGGGAAGAGGCUGUUGAUUUGAUAUUAAAGCCUCGUGAUGGUGAUCAACAUGAUUUAGCAGAAGCUAGAGAAACGUAUUCAACUACCAAAGAUGCUGGUGCAGCUUUGCAGAAGAUUCAAAGACGUGAUAAAAUUGAGGCAAAAUUAUUGGAAGGACUUAAAAAGAAUGGAACUAAUUUACAAGGAGCUUUAGAUUUUUUACCGAGAAAUACACGAUUGAUGUAUAUUCAUGCUUAUCAAAGUUUUGUAUGGAACAACAUUGUUUCACGAAGAAUUAAGGAAUAUGGCCGUAAACCAAUUGUUGGUGAUCUAGUGUAUGAAACAUCUAAUGUCAAAGAAGUAGUUGAGACUUUAGACUAUUCUCUAGCCAAUGAAGAUGAAAAAGACGAGCUAACGGAAAACUUAGUCGAAAAGAAAGAUGAAGAUAAGCCUAAAGAAAAUGAACUAGCAGAUAAUGCAGAUAAAACAAAAGAUAACGAUCAAGUUAAAAGUAGUCAAGAUCAAAUGAAAGAUGGUGAAAAUCAAAUGAAAAAUAAUGACGAUCAAAUGAAGGAAGAUAAUACUGACCAAGUAAAUAAAAUUGAAAUUGACACUGCUGAUGACAAUAAUGGUUCUGAAGAAAAAAUGGAAACUGAAGUUGUUGCAGAUGCAAAAGAUUCUAAUGAAAAAAAGGAAGACUUGAAAAAUGACAAAAAUGAAAAUGGGCCUAAUGAAACAGAAAAUGGGGAGAACACCAAAAAAGAUGACUCGACUUUGGAAAAAGAACAUCUUUAUCCACUUCCAAAUGUUAAAAUUUUAACUGAAGAAGAUUUGCCCAAUUAUACACUAGCUGAUGUGGUGAUGCCUCAGCCUGGAUGGCGUGUAGUCUAUCCGCCUUAUGCAAAAGCCUGGUAUGAAGAAUUUUUAGCCAGUGAUGGGUUGAAUACAAACUUGAAGCAGAAGAACAAAAAGUAUUCACUUAGUGGAGCUUAUAGAAAAAUUCUUGAGAUUCCAGAAGAUUUAUCAUGGAGAGUAAUGCACUAUAAGGACCUUCGCGAUGAUUUGAUACCCAGUGACAUUAACGAAUUAAGAGGAAAUCCAGUACCAAAAGAUUGUCCAGAUGGUAAAUAUAAAGCCCUUAUUCUAGAGAUGUCUCUGAAAUCAUCUUGCUAUGCGACUAUGGCUCUUCGAGAGGUACUAAAACAUGAUACUUCAGCUAAAAUCCAAGCAGCACAAUCUGCUGCAUAUCAUGCUCAAGAUGAAGCAGAAAAUAAAGAACUUGAAGAGAAUUCUUCAGAACAUUCUAAAAGUAAUGAAGUUGAAAAUGCAGAGCUUCAGAUGGAGGUUGUUGAAGAAAAAAUAAAAGAUCUGCCCAUGGAGGAAGAACCUCGUGAAGCUAGAUCAGACUUCAUGGAAUCCAAAACAGAUAAUGCUAAACCAACCAAAACAGAAGGUAACUUAAAGUCAAAAAAAUUAAGAAAGAACGGAAAAAGAUGUAUCCAGUAUACAGCUAAAGAAAAGGUAAAAGAAGAAGUGAAAAAGUCUUUUACAGACGAACCGACAUUGGAAAAUGUAAUAAAAAGUCGCACAACGUACUGCCGAGCGAUUCAAGUGAGUACUCGAGGUGUUGGACUAGCAGUAACAUGGUCAGCAAUAAUUGCGAAGAAAAUGGAUAUAUAUUCUCACAUUUUUCCAUUACAUUCAAUGUAUCGGGUCAUGUUGGCCUUCACUGAAGAAAAACUGGCUCUUGUCUUUGCGACUAAUGCUAAGAAAUUAGCUGACCCGUCAGCAGUUUACAAUUUGACACCCAAUGCUGAGCGAGUUGCACUGCUUUCACGCAUUACUGCUUUUCCAAAGUUUGCGACCGCCUAUAUUGAAGGACUAGGCACAUUUACGCAUGAGGGACUUGAUUUCGUACCUGUCUUGCCUCAGGAAUACAGACCCUCCAAAAAAGCAAAAUGGCGUCCUGAUCCUGGAAAAAUAAUUUUUAGCAAUCUCAGAACCGUAGUUACGUCAAUGAGAUCAAAAAAAGUGCCUCCCGGUUGUCGCAGGACUUUCGCCCGUUUGAACCCAAUCCCAAAUGUUGAAUACAAUGAAGCAAAUUUUAUGAUAGAGGACAAUAUAAUGCCUGAUGGAUACAACAAUUACCAUUUACAAUCUGAUAUUGUAGCGUGUAACAAAGUAUUUAAUUCGCUUAAAGAACAACCGUUGGGAGAAACUUGGAUUGGGGGUUGUCCUUCUCUAAAGUCUCCCAAAGGAAUGCCAGGAGUAGCGGUGAUCCAACCUCGCAUGAUGAAAAUUCCAUCUGAUAAAAUAAAGAAACUGAACUACAACAGUUUUAGGUUUGAGGGUGUUCAGAUGUUAUCACCGAUUCCUCUUCAAACAUCUGAAUGGCUUCGUGGAGCUACCUGUCUCUAUAGGGAGCCGCCUAGAAAUUUAAAAACUUAUCCAUACUAUCCAUACUGGGAUGGUUGCACUAAAGAUUCAAAUCCUUACGGUAUAAUAAUUAAUCCUACUAAUAUAUUUCGAGUUUUAUUCGAUAUGAAAUCUGUCCAAUAAAAGUACUUUCAUGAGUAAUUUAUUUUUUAUAUGUACAUGUUAAU